CUAUCUUUGAUCAUUGUCCUGCCCCCCUCCUCCUCCUUCACCCCCUCCUCCUCCACCUCCGUCUCCUUUCUACCCCCAUCACGCACUACUCACGCCUCUCUUCUUCUUCUUUUUUGGUGUCCCAACUUCCACGCAACUUAUCUGAGGAGCUCCAAAGAGAGAGAAAAAAAAAAACAUUCCGGUGGAUUCUUUUAUUCGGCGAGGCUGGCUAGCACACUUUGAACUUCGGCGACUCUUCCGUAAACCCCCCCUCCCCUUGAAGCGUUGUAAGGUGACCAUGGCCGCCGUCCCGGCUGCUCUCCUCCCGCCGACUUCCCUGGUCCCGCCGCCGCCGCCCCCUCCUCCGCCGCCGGUCGCGAUCUCCGGCGGCCCCGGCAUCAGCGCGUCCCCGCCGUCCUCAUCGUCUCCGUCUUCCUCCUCCUCGCUGCCUCCCCUGCCGGCCGCGGUCGGACCCGCGCAGACGCUCUUCCGCUCCGAGCUGCUGGCCGCCGGCAGCCCGGUGGGCAUCGCGGGCAAGCCGGUGUACUCCACGCCGUCGCCCGUGGAGAACAUCCCGCAGAACAACGAGUGCAAGAUGGUGGAGCUCCGCGGAGCCAAGGUGGCCUCGUUCACCGUGGAGGGCUGCGAGCUCAUCUGCCUUCCCCAAGCCUUCGAUCUGUUCCUCAAACACCUGGUGGGGGGGCUGCACACCGUCUACACCAAGCUCAAGAGGUUGGAGAUCACGCCGGUGGUGUGCAACGUGGAGCAGGUCCGAAUCUUGCGCGGGCUCGGCGCCAUCCAGCCCGGCGUCAAUCGAUGCAAGCUCAUCUCCAGAAAGGACUUCGAGACGCUCUACAACGACUGCACGAACGCCAGCUCCAGACCCGGCCGGCCACCGAAGAGGACCCAGAGUGUGACUUCGCCAGAGAACCCUCACAUCAUGCCCCACACGGUCCCCGGUCUCAUGUCCCCUGGCAUGAUCCCACCCACAGGUCUAACGGCGGCAGCAGCGGCGGCAGCCAACGCGGCCAUUGCAGAGGCCAUGAAGGUGAAGAAGAUCAAGCUGGAGGCCAUGGGCGGUUACCAUGCCAACGCCAACCACCACCAUGGGGCGGACGGUGAGAACGGAGACCUCAGCUCUAGUGUUGGCCUGGAACUACCCUUCAUGAUGAUGCCCCACCCGCUGAUCCCCGUCAGUCUGCCGCCGGCUUCCGUCACCAUGGCUAUGAGCCAGAUGAACCACCUUAGUACCAUCGCCAACAUGGCCGCUGCCGCGCAGGGUCAGAGCCUGCCCUCGAGAAUGGUCACCUCUGUCAUAAAGGGCUGUGUAUUGUCACUGCAGGGUUUGCAGGAGCGCAUCCAGGACAGUCCCUCCCCUGCCCCGUCCUUAGAGGACCACCGGAGGCCCGGCAGUCACCCCUCAUCCCACCGCAGCAGCAGCGUGUCCAGCUCGCCAGCCCACACAGAAAGUUCUUCGGACAGGAUACCGCCACACCACAAUGGCCUGUCCAUGAACCAAGCUCUGCUCGGCUUGUCCCCCAACAUCCCGCCUGGGCCUAAAGAGGGAGACCUUGCCCAUGACAUGAGCCACGAAGUAAAGAGGAUGCAUGCAGAAAAAGAUGAUAACCUAAUGUGCACGCCAACAGCGAGAGACAGCUAUGAGCGGUUGUCGCUGGCCGGACCGACUCUUCCUCCCGGCUUCCCCUCGCCAUUCCUCUUCCCAGAUGGCCUGUCGUCAAUAGAGACUCUCCUCACCAACAUACAGGGCCUGCUGAAGGUGGCCAUUGACAACGCACGAGCACAGGAGAAGCAGGUUCAGCUGGAGAAGACGGAGUUGAAGAUGGAGUUGUUCCGGGAGCGGGAACUUCGGGAAACACUGGAAAAACAGCUGGCCAUGGAACAGAAGAACAGAGCAAUCAUCCAGAAGCGUCUGAAGAAGGAGAAGAAGGCCAAGAGGAAACUGCAAGAAGCUCUGGAGUAUGAAUCCAAGAGGAGAGAGCAGGCAGAACAGAACCUCAAGCAGCCGUCGCCUGCUGACAGCAUGCGCUCGCUCAACGACGCGCUGACCCCUGAGAUGGAGAGCGACCGCGGCAGCGGAAGAACAGAUGCUGAAAGGACAAUACAAGACGGAAGACUCUUCCUGAAAACCGCAGUGAUGUAUUAAUAGCGCCAACCGGAGAAACGUACUUGGAUGAAAUCUGUGGGGAGAAAGGCGAUUUGAAGAAAAAAAAAAGAUGGGAACAAAGGAUCGAAAAGAUUCUCCAGAGUCCAUUUCCAGGGCAGCGCGGUGGUUUUGGGGACAACGUGGAGCUGCAGCUGCCACUGAAAGGAAACGCUGGAGGAAUGUUUGUCUGAAUGUAGGAUAACAAAAAGUUUUUCUCUCUCCGGGAUUUUAGUUAGCUUUUACAGCAGCCGCGGUUUGUAAAUGUUGAGCACAGUCAAACGUUGGUACCAAUUCAUCCAACCAUAGCACUGAAGAUUUGGUUUUAAUACCAACGAGAAGAAUUUGCCCUUUUUUUGUAUUUCAAAUCCGAAUUUUGGAAAAUUGUGGAGGGAAAAAAACCCUCGGAAAAAUGUUUUUUCUUAGAUGACAAUACAAUCAAGUUUCCUUUCUACCAUUGUUGUAUAUACAAUGCUAAAAAUGACUGGAGCAGAUUGAUAUAUGUGUGUAUAUAAUGUCAUGCAGUAGCGCUAUUAGUCAAACAAUACCACCGUACAUAUAAACUUUUUUUUAGUUUGGUUUUUGUUGUUCGGAGCCCCAGACAUGACAUGAAUGAAAAAAAAAUAACUUGUGCCCACGCUCUAAUUGUUCAUGCGUGCGAGCUCCUACUUUGUGCGAACGAACCAGUACUUUGUGUGAAAGAGUUUGUACUUUGUGUGCAUGCUCAAAUUGUUCGCGCGCACGCUCAAAUUAUUUGUACGCAUGAGGUACUACUUUGUGUGAACGAACUAGUAAUUCAUGCGUACAAGUUAAUAAUUGUGUGAACGAACGAAUACUUUGUGUGAAGGAACUAGUACCGUAUUGUCCCGAAUAUACAGUGCCCUCCAUAAUUAUUGGAUUUAUAAUAAUUAUGUGUUUUUUAGCUUCUAAUAAUUCUUUUUUUUUUUUCUAAAUAAUAUGGGACCUUAAUGAGAAAAAAAAAAGAAAAAUCCAACCUUCAAUACAAGUGCAUUUAUUCAGUGGGGGAAAAAUACCACAAAUAAUUAUUUGACAUCAAAUAAUGUGUCUCACAAUUAUUAGGACCCCUGGUGUUAAUACUUUGUACAACCCCCUUUUGCCAACAAAACAAGGUCUGGGGACUGAGAUGGCCAUGGGAGGAGCAUGAUUUUGUGUCUGGUGAACCAUUUCUGUGUAGAUUUGGCCAUAUGUUUAGGGUCAUUCUCUUGCUGAAAGACCCAGUGACGACCCAUCUUCAGCUUUCGGGCAGAGGGCAACAGGUUUUGAUUUAAAAUGUCCUGGUAUUUCAAAGCAUUCAUGAUGCCAUGCACAGGGGUGAAAGUGGUUAGAAUUUCUUGCCGGAACUCUCUGUCAAGGAUUCUGAAAUACUAUUCAAAAUAGUAUUUUUUUAAUUAUUUGCAAAAUAAGUCAACAAAAACAGAAGUAACCCCAACCUCCAUCCAAUUUCCCCCCCACAUUUCCUAAAUGUAAAUCCUCACUUUUAACUAGUUAAUAACAUUGGAUAUAAAAAUUGAAGCGAAUGUAAACAUUUAAAAAAAAAAAAAAAAAAAAAAGUAAAGAUAUAACUAACAUACAGUACAGGCCAAAAGUUUGGACACACCUAAUUCAAUGCAACACAAAUGAAGGUCCCUAAACCACUGAUUAGGCAAUAAAUUCCACUAAUCAACCCUGAAAAGGCCUACCUGUGAAGUCAAAUACCAUUCUGGGUGACUCCCUCUUGAAGCUCAUCAAGAAAAUAGCAAGAGUGUACAAAAAGUAAUUGGAGCAAAAGGAGGCUACUUUAAAGAUGCAACAAUAUUAUACAUGUUUUUAGUUAUUUCACCUGUUUUUACUAAGUAGGCUACAUAGGCCAAGCAUGGUUAUUCAUACUUCUUUUACAUUCAGUGAGAAUUUACAAUGACACUUCACAAGUCUAAAUAAAUGAUGGGCAGUAGAUCAAAUAAACAAGCCUCCUCAACUCUUUUGUAUUGCAUCAAUUCACUAACAGUUUAAUUUUUUUUACAAAGUGUCCUGUCUUCACUCAACGUGAAUUUGUUUAGGUUGACAGACAGCAAAACGAGGCAAUAGUGGAUUUUUUAAUUUGAAGCGUUUACUUCUUCACUUUUGACAAAUCAUAAAGCUGCAACACACACAUGCACUCAUGUUCAAAAUGAUACACAUUAACACAAUAAACAUUUUACACAAAACAAUUGGUGAUCAUACGUUCCUCCAGAUAUGUAAAUUUAGUAAAUCAAAUCAGCCCAGUCUGCAUAAUAAAGUCCGCUAGCUUAGAUGCUACAAAUGCUAACUUAUUCACACUUCUCUCAUCGCAAAUCGCUAAACAUAACCAAGCAAACAGUAUCUCCAAACUUAACCACAAAUGCCAACACCAACAUACAUCAACUGAAACAACUUACAGCUUCAAGUGGGCCGAACCAGAGUAAGUAGCGGUCCCUUAGCCAUGCCAGAAACAUCUGCUUCCCAGUCAUUAAAGGCAAGAGUUCAGACACACCCAACUCCGCCACCAGAGGGCAUCAUUUGACAAAAUACAAUACUUUAAACAAACAAUCACACAUAGGAUUUUGACAGUUGCCGUCAUAUUUUUGGGAUCAUAGUACCGUCGGAACGGCGUUCCGUGUCGAAAACUCUUGCCGGUACGGAGAUCCGGCUCGUUCCGGUCCACUUUCACCCCUGGCCAUGCACCCUAACAAGGUUCCCAGGGCCUUUGGAAGCGAAACAGCCCCACAGCAUCACUGACCCACCCCCAUACUUCACAGUGAGCAGGUGGAUUCAGCCAUGUGAAAUGAGUUAUGUCAUAUUCGCUGUUGCCACUAGAGGGCAGUGUAUCCACCCAAAUCAAUAAAACGAAAUGCAAACACUUUCAAAACACACCAUUACAAUGCCACUUUAAUUAAACGAAUACUCAAAGACGCAAAAUUUAAUACGGAUUUCAUCAAAUUAUUGCUGCUACGAUUAAUCGAUUAACUCGAGUAUUCGAUUAGAAAAAAAUAUUCUAAUUAAAUUUUGAUGCUUCGGGUAUUCGUUUAAUUGAAUUGGCGUUUUAACGGUUUAUUUUGAAAGUGUUUGCAUUUAGUUUUACUGAUUGCUCCCCGUUGAGUUUUGUUUGAGCUAAUGUUUUUUUAAUAGAUUCAGAAUUUAGUUAAUAGGUAUAUUUAGACUUUUUUUUAUGUGGGAAUAUUUGUCUGAACCAUUUGUUUAAAGCAUUGUAAAAAAAAAAAAAAAAAAAAAACUAGCAUUUUAUAGCAUUUAAGACAGCGGACUUUUUCUAUGUAAGUUAGCCAGUUGUUCUUUUGUUGUACAUAGAUCCUCAUUUAAAAAAAAAAAAAUACCGUUUGAGGCUCAGCUCAGGUAUCAAAUCUUUUUAUGUUCCAUAUCCAAUUACUCGAUUAGUCGAACUAACUAGUGUAUUGAUUAAUUGACUACUAAAAUAUUCGAUAGCUGCAGCCCUAAUUCAAAUUACUAGAGUUAAUCGUUGCAGCACUAGUUCACACAAAGUAGUAGCUCGUGCUCACGAACCAGUGUUGUUUUUGGCAGCUCUUUUAAUUUUCGUAUUAGUCUUAGUCACAUUUUAGUUAUUUCAAAAUGUGUUCGUUUUCGUCUAGUUUUAGUCAACAAAAACUCAAAUUUUGUCUAGUUUUAUUCGACAAUUCUCAAAACGUUUUCGUCUACAAACUUAAAUAAAUGAAAUGUUUCCAACAAUUUGGAAUGAACAUUGACAGACGAGCACAUAAUUGACAUCAGACAUGUCCAAAGUCCGGCCCGAGGGCCAAAUGCGGCCCGUGGUCAAAUUUCAUCUGGUCUCCAGCCUCUGUCAUAAAAUCAAUUAUGUCUGACCAGCACACAGACUUAAUAAAUUGGUCAGCAGUACUGCUACCAGAAUAUGAAGUAGCUUACACACGAAAUGCUGCUCCUCAUUUACCCACUAAAAGGCAGCAGCACUCUAAGCGACAUUACCCCGUGUGACCCUUCCAAUUUUUCUAAAAUAGCGAUAAUCAACAAAAAAAGAAAGUUGACCGCGACGUCCGACGCUUCAAGGAUAGGUGGAAAUUGGACUAUUUCUUCACUAAAAUACGCAAAAACUGUGUGUGCUCAUUUGCAAAUAGACAGUCGCUGUUUUUAAAGAGUUCAAUGUGAGGCGAUAUUACCAAACUAGACACGCUGAAAUGUGCGACAAGAUUACAGGGAAGAUAGGCAGCAAGAAAUUAAAGCAACUUGAAGCUAGUUUAAUUUCACAGAGUCUGUAUUUCGCGAGAGUCGAAAUUGCGAGAUUGUUGAAAUUAUUCAUUUAAAAAAAUAAUAAAGCAAAUGGGACAUACAGAAUGGCUUGCUAAAAUUUGCUUAAAUAUAUUGUUCUACAUAAAGGACGUCAGCCGAGGUCGGCCCCCCACAUUUUUACACAAAAUCUGGACCCCAUUGCAAAACGUUUGGACACCUUCAUGAUAAUACAUACUAUAUGAACUCUAUGUAAGUCACCACGCUAAAUGCUAAUGCGAACGCUAUGCUAACACUACAAGUUAGUUUAGUGUGU